ACUAGUUGAAGUUUCAUAGAACAACAACCGUUUUAAAUGACAUUUAUGCUGUAAGCAUCAUACCAGUCUGUUUACUGUUGAGAGAGAGAGAGAGAGAGUGUGUAUUCCAAAAGGGUAUAAUGAGCUCCUGGUUAUUAUCGUAUCAGCAGCCAGCAGCAGUGAAAAUCUAGUAGAAAUGAAUCAAAUGACAUAAUGCAGCUGUAUUCAUGCAGACUUCUGAUACGUACUGAUUUCUACACACACACACAGAGAUGAUGUGGUGGGACUUGGAAGAAGGGAAACUGGGGACUGAAUCAAAUCAAGGUAGAAACCCAAAAAGGAUCACGAAAUAUCUGUGACUGGAUACUGAUUCUGAUUCUCUCUCUCUCUCUCUCUCUCAAUAUCUUCUAAAAUUCCUCGCCCACCAACAACAACCUCUCGUUUUCUUUAAUACAAUGCAUUUACUGUAACUUUAUAUAAAUACAACCCAACCCACCACAUUACACAUUAUAUUACACGUUCAUACAUUUCUUAUGAGUUUGUUUUGUUUUAUGUAUGCGCAGCGCAGGUUAAUUGCUAUUGUCAGAGAAGUCGUUUCGUUUUCGGUCUUGUGUAAUUAUUGCGUGUCUUUUAUUGCAACUGCGUUUAUUAGUGCCUUUUCUUUCUUCCUUUUUGCUGUUACAUAGCUUUUAAUGUUUAGACUCUGCCCUGCCUAUUAAGUGGUGGGUGAGGCGUUAUUGUUGGGUUUAAGACCUAUGGAGGCUUCUUCGGCUUCAUCUUCAUCUUCAUCUUCAUCUUCAUCUUCAAAGGGUUUCAUGGAAAAUGUGGAGCAACCCCAUGUUUUGGCUGUUGACGACAGUAUCAUUGAUCGCAAACUAAUCGAAAAGCUACUCAAAAAUCUCUCUUGCAAAGUGACUACUGCGGAAAAUGGGCUAAGGGCAUUGGAGUUUUUGGGCUUGGGAGAUCAUCAAAACAGUAGCUUGGAGGACAAUGUCUCAAAGGUAAAUCUGGUAAUUACAGAUUAUUGUAUGCCAGGGAUGACAGGCUAUGAACUACUCAAGAAAAUCAAGGAAUCAUCAAUCAUGAAGGAGGUUCCAGUGGUGAUUAUGUCAUCUGAAUACGUACCGAAUCGUAUUAACAAGUGCUUAGAGGAGGGAGCUCAGAUGUUCAUGCUAAAGCCUCUCAGACAGUCGGACAUAAAGAAAUUGAGAUGUCAUUUGAUGAAAUUGGAAAGAACCUGAGAAAAAAAAGUUUAUAAUAUCCCUCAUGAUAUAGAACUUAGAACUCUCCUUCAACUGCUAAUUUUGUAACCUUUGGUUUUGUUUUGCUCAGAA